AGUCGGAAUUCAACCUCCUUCCUAACUCGACAGUCGACAGGAAGCAGACGUUCGCGUCUCACUCCAUAGAUUUAAAUUAGUCUGUGGUCGUCAGUGAACGGACGUCAAGAAAAAUGUUGAAAAGUGUGUCAAAGUAAUUUUAUUUCACAUUUUUUUUAAUCACACGAUUUUCUUUAAAUCAAUUCCCCAAUUUUAGAAUUUUAAUGAUUGAAACUGUUGUGAUUUGUGAAGUUUUACUAUUUGGCGCAAUAAGAUAAAAGUCUUAAUCAGGAAAAAUUAUCGGACAAGAUGAAGGUUUGGGGGGCGCACGGCGAGUUUUGUGCAAGACAUCAGUGGGAGGUGAUCGUGGCUACCUUGGCUCUAUUAGCCUGUGCAGCCAGCGUCGAGCGUCAUGCAUCAGGGCAAGGGUCUGAAAGGUGCGCGGGUUGGGCCAGAGCCUGCCCCGGCCUCGAAGCCGAGUAUCAAGCUGCAGACGCCGUCAUAAUGACCAUUGUGCGCUGCUCCGCCCUUCUAUACGCGUACUACCAAGUCUCCAAUCUUCAAAAAAUCGCCUCCAAGUACCUCCUAAUCAUCGCCGGUGUCUUCUCAACUUUCGCCAGCUUUAUAUUCACGUCUGCAUUAGCUAGCUUGUUCUGGACUGAGUUAGCGAGUAUUAAAGAUGCCCCGUUUUUAUUCCUACUAGUCGCUGAUGUAGCGAGGGGUGCAAGAAUGGCGAAAGCUGGCUGGAGCGCGGGAGAGGACCAAGGGAAGAGGGUAGGGCGGGCUUUAUCGUUAUUGGGACCGACAGCUACGUUAGAUACGCUUCUAGCGGUUCUUCUUGUCGGUGUUGGUGGAUUGUCAGGUGUUCCCAGAUUGGAACACAUGUGCACAUUUGCCUGUUUGGCUUUGAUGGUAGAUUACCUAGUCUUCGUUACGUUUUAUCCUGCCUGCUUAUCGUUGGUGGCGGACUUUGCAUCUGGUAAAAAAGAUUUAACUGGCGAUAACCCGUUCAUGGAAACCGACUUGAAACCUAAUCCUGUCGUUCAAAGAGUAAAGAUGAUUAUGGCUGCUGGAUUACUGUGCGUUCAUCUUACGAGCAGAUGGCCAUGGGCAAGAGAUAACGGAAUGAUCGACGGCUCGCUGAGCAACAGUUUCAAGUCGUCACCGCAUGACAACGUUCUACUACACUCGUACAUCAAAUGGUUCUCUGUAUCCGCUGAUUAUCUCGUAAUUGCAACAUUACUAUGCGCUCUGAUUAUCAAAUUUAUUUUCUUUGAAGAACAAAGGAACUGGGUUAUCGAUAUGAACGACCUAACUGUUAAAGAAGUGGUGCAUAACGACAAACCGGUGUUUACGUUGGGGGAGGACGUGAAGGCUGACGCAGGCGUACAAACAGAGGACUUAUUAGGCUAUGAUGAAUCCGAAUGGCCAACAAUAUCGCCAAGCUCUUCUGUUGCUAAAUUGAACUCAAAGAAACGACCCAUGGCGGAAUGCCUUGAAAUUUAUCGAUCAGAAGGAGAUUGCACUUCAUUGAGCGACGAAGAAGUUGUAAUGCUAGUGGAGCAGUCUCAUAUUCCCUUACACAGACUAGAAGUCGUUUUAUGCGAUCCUUUAAGAGGUGUGAGAUUGCGCAGGAAAGUAAUAUCAUCAAGGUUCCAGACCGAAGACGCAAUAAAAACAUUACCUUACUUGAAUUAUGAUUACAGCAAAGUGUUGAACGCAUGCUGCGAAAAUGUAAUCGGAUUUGUCGGUAUACCAGUCGGCUAUGCAGGUCCAUUAGUAGUAGAUGGAAAGCCAUAUAUGAUCCCGAUGGCUACUACAGAAGGUGCCCUGGUCGCUUCAACAAAUAGAGGAGCUAAAGCGAUCGGAUCAAGAGGAGUUACUAGUGUAGUUGAAGAUAUCGGAAUGACACGAGCGCCGGCCGUGAAACUGCCAAACGUAGUGCGAGCGUUAGAGUGCCGCCAGUGGUUAGACAAUAAAGAGAACUAUGAACUGAUCAAAGAAGCGUUCGACUCAACAUCAAGGUUUGCUCGGCUUCAAGAAGUUCACAUUGGUGUCGAUGGCGCAACGCUUUAUCUACGUUUCAGAGCAACAACCGGUGAUGCAAUGGGCAUGAACAUGGUAUCAAAGGGUACAGAGAACGCAUUGAAAGUCCUCAAAAAAUUCUUCCCCGAUAUGGAAGUUAUCAGUCUCUCGGGUAACUACUGCUCAGAUAAAAAAGCAGCAUCUAUAAACUGGGUAAAAGGGCGAGGUAAGCGAGUUGUCUGCGAAACUACAGUCUCUGCUGAGAGUUUACGUACAAUUUUAAAAUCUGAUGCAAAAACGCUGGCGCGGUGUAAUAAAAUCAAGAACCUAUCGGGAUCAGCGCUAGCUGGUUCUAUUGGCGGUAACAACGCCCAUGCUGCUAACAUGGUGACGGCCAUCUUUAUAGCUACAGGACAGGAUCCAGCUCAGAAUGUAACUAGCAGUAACUGUUCCACCAGUAUGGAGGUUUGUGGGGAAAAUAGGGACGAAUUAUAUGUUACUUGUACCAUGCCUUGUCUAGAAGUCGGUACUGUAGGUGGGGGGACAGUUUUGACAGGUCAAAGCGCGUGUUUAGAGAUCCUAGGCGUUAAGGGGGCCGGCGUAAGACCAGCAGAGAAUUCAGCAAGAUUAGGUUCACUAAUUUGCGCUACUGUAUUAGCAGGCGAGUUAAGUUUGAUGGCUGCCCUCGUGAAUUCCGAUUUGGUAAAAUCUCAUAUGCGGCAUAACAGAUCGACGGUGAAUGUCCAAGGUUCAACAAAUGAUAUGACAUUAAAAGUACCAAAGUUAUAACGUGGCCUUUCAUUCGUUUUAGAAUAUUUAGUGCUUGGCUGAGGCUUAAACUGUUUGAGGCUUACAUUUUGUUGAAUAAUCUUCGUGCUUCCAUUUUGAAAGGUAAAACUCGAAUUUGAAAUAAUUCUUUGCUGUUUGAGUUUGGAAUAGGUUUUGUAACCUUACAGUGCGCAGUUUUAGUAACACAUUGCGAUUUGUUUUAGAAGUUUUAAGGAUUUUUUCGGUAUUAACUGAAUACUGUUGUUGCACAAAUUGAUACGAUUACGUACUUAACAGUUUAUUGCCACGAUUUCAAUAAAAAUAUCGUUUUAUUAUGUAAAUCGCUUAAUGUUUUUCUUGACGUUCGUAACUGAAAGUGUUCCUAACGAACCUUGGCAAAUUAAUGAAUGCAAAUUUUGUAAUGUAUUUGCUGUAAUAUCAAAAUAUGCAUAUGAUAACGUCUUUCCUUUAUAGGAUAUAAACGCGAAUCUAUUACUUGAAGUUUCGCUUAAAUCCAAGGUGUCUCAACACAGCUUUUCGAAGAGUCUAGGUUAGUAAAUUCGCUUUUAAAUCCGACAAAGUUACAGUGAAAACAGAGAAAAAUGGCAAUUAUUAAAUUAUCCUACUAGUUAUUGGAUUGAAACACUUCUUUUAUCAUUCAAAGGAAUUCGUGUUAUCAAAUCCAGCUAUGUCUUAUGUCAUAAAUCGUUACAUGAAGUUCGAGUUAUGUAUUGGCAUUCGGCACAUAUCAAUGAAUACCAUUUUCGAUGUCAUUCAAGUGUUAAGUGUUCCAAAUAUAGGAUUGGAUUGGAUUGACUUGUGGUUAUGUCUUUAACUAGAAAAGUACUUGGGACGUAAUUUGGCAAGAUAUACGUCAUAGCAAGAGUACUAAAAACAAUUACUGCCUAGUUAUUGUAAUUUUUCUUUAAAGUGACAUAGGCAAUAAUUUUAAAUUAAAAACUUUAUAUAUACGACAUAUUUUGGGUUGUGUUUGGGAUGCAUUUUUCAUCUUUAAUAGAACGACUGUAUUUCAAACGUGAUGUCGUUUCGUAAUGCAUCCUUGAACAGUCUCAGAUUGCGUAUUUUACGCUAAGAACAAGGCCUCUUACGAAAAAUGGUUGACGUUAAUUUUGGCGGGAAAUGUCAACGACGGUGUGACUUUAACAGAAUGUGGUCUAAUUACAGUUGUGUAUUUAUGACAUAAAGUUCUUUACAAAUUCUUAAAAACGUUCUCUUUUGUAUAGAUUUAAUAUGGAUUCAGCUAUAUGAAACCAUUUUAGGUAUUAAAAUGCGAAGGAAAAUUGUGACCUGAUCGAAAAUUUACAGUGUAGACGUUGACACUUCUAUCAUAUUCCAUUCUUACCAACUAAGUGAAGUUGAUAACAUUUGUUUCUGACAUAUCGAAAUGCAACAGUUUUUCUACGCAAUUUGUGAAUACUAUUUAACGGUUGGGUUUAGUUUCAAUACAGUAACAUAAUAAUACAAACAAAUAUUUCAAUACUAAUAUUUUUAUAAUUUUUGUUCUUGGAGUAUUCAUAUGAUUGUGUACUGGUUUAAUAAGGGAAUGGAACGGGAAUCCCACAUUGUCAAGGUUGGUCACAAAAAUAGCCGUGACACAGUGUAGUUUUAUCCAAAUCGAGUUUGAUCAGAAUUGCAAUAUUCAACUUACGGACACCCUAGAAAGUAAAGUAUGAUAUAGAAAAAUGUCACGUAGUUAGAAAAUGUUAGAAUAUAUAAAGAUUAUAUAUUAUUGUUUGUUAAUGCAAAUUUAUAGAGAUGUUUUAUGUAUUUAUUUAAAAAUAUCGAUUUAUAUACGAACGAAGAACGUUUGAAGACGAUGCAACACCGAUCUGUCCCGAUGGAGGACUUACGUAUAAUUUUAUAGAUAGUAGACUGAUAUUAUAAAUCUAAGUUAAUCUUAAAUAUUUAUUGUAAAUACAAUGGGUGUGGCAGUCACUUAAAUAAAUUAGAAUUAUUU